AUGCUCCGCGACGAGCUGCUUCGCUCCAAGAACGACGAGAUAGCACGAUGUUUGCAGUCACGAAAGCGAAAGCUCAGUGAGCUCUAUUUUGCGACCGUCGGAUACUUAGGCGCGACCGACGGGGCCAUCGCGGAUACACUCUAUGAGCAAAAGCAACAAGCCUUUCUCGACGCCAACGACCUCACCAGGGGUCGAUUCUACAAUGAAGCAACACUCCCUCCCUUCCCCAACUAUGCCGAGAUUGUCGCACGAGUACAAACGCAUGCUCAUCCUGCAGCCGGCGACAUUACUUCUUUGGACGUGUCUACAGAACAACAAGUGCGAUUACCAGAAGCGCUCGCUCUGAGCACCGAGGAGGUAAAUGAAAAAGAGACAGCGAUCAAUAAUGAAGUACAGAAAUCAGUUGCGCGCGCAGACCUCGAGCAACCUGUCAUUGAGCCGACAAUCACGAAGCAGUCUAUUGCCCAAAAAAUUGAUAUUUCCGCGCCAUUGACAUCAGCUGUCGGCACCAAACCUCAUUUUGCGACGCCUGGAACCCCAGUUAGCACACAUGAGCAUGGCGUGUCGAGCAACUUCACAUCCCCGUCUCAUGCUCGUCAAAGCCCGAAACAUAAAGCUACAGAGCCCUCGGUUUCGGAAGUACCUGUUCAGGUGCCAUCGCAAACUACGGAAGCGGGUCUCCAGAGCAAUCAAGGUCGCAGACCAUCUUUGGCGUUAGGAACGACUUCUCACUUAGACCAACCGCUUUCUCCUGCUUCUUCUAUCGAACCAUUCUCCACCCAUMCCCCGGCGCCUGCCGCUGCAUCUCCAGAUACAAGUCCAGAUGAGUCUGGGGAGAUUGAGGACCAUGCCGCUAUAUCAGCAAAGCCAGUCGGCGAAGCGCAUGAAACAUCGUCCGACAAAGUCGAGAGUACAGCUGCACCAAUCGCACCUCUAACCCCAGAUGAACAAUUACGGUUUGAAGAAGCGCAAUCGCUCAGGCGCAACGCGCAGCUCUUGGCUGCGAGUAAAGCUAUUGGAGACCACGAGGAGCCAGGCAGCAACCCGGUUUCAAAUCACAUUGUUAAGGGAGAUUUUACACCUUCGCAAUUGGUUCCUCCGCCUAGUGAUCAGAAGAUAGCCCAGGAUAUCCAGCCAGCUCGAGCGGCGCCGGAGGAGAAACUCUCACCAACAUCACCUGCUAUUCCAGAAAGUCAAGCCGCUCGCGGCAUACCUAUAGGACCUACCCCUACGGAGUUAAAGGUAGAACCAGAGGCUGGAUCAGUCACAAAACGGUCUUCAUCCUCAUCCACAACCAAUGUUGCCGUACAAUCUGUUCCGGAGAGAAUGACAACUCGAGUAUCGUCCGGUGCCAUUCGACACAAGUCGGUCUCUGAAAUCCUUGGGGAGGCUCCGAAAACUCAGCAAGUUGAAAAGCAGCCGGCUCGAGAUUCACUGGCUCUCAGAUCUCCGGCAUCCCAAGGAAGUCUUGCUUCUAUUUCACGAGUCGUCAAACAGAAGAAGGAUCGAGAGAAGGAACGAACAAAACUUUCUACCGUAGUAUUCCCAAAGAAGCAAAUCGAGAAGAAUGAUUCAUUCGCUAUGGUUCGUCAGCAAGCAGGCGAUUUGAUAUCUGGGCUGAAUGAACAGCAAGAUUAUCUGUUUACGUUAUUCCAGAACAAGGCUUAUUCACCUCCUCGCACUUCGAAUAUUUCAACACUUCUGGCCACAGCCCACAAGACUUUGAGUACAUCCAAUCAUCUUCUUGAGUACCAAGAGCAGAUGGAUUGCCGUACUCUUCGUCGGAUAUACGCUCUACAGAAUUCCAAUCGAUGGCCACUACGUCAAAUGGAACGAUCUGCAGAGCCCUUGCGAGAAGGCACUCAUUGGGAUGUCUUGCUUGAUCACGUGAAGUGGAUGCGCACAGAUUUCAGGGAAGAGCGCAAGUGGAAAAUCGCAGCUGCGAAGAGUUGUGCUGAGUGGUGUGUCGAAUAUGUUCAAAGCGAACCAGAAAAUAGGGCUCAGCUCCGCGUACGUACGAAGAUUCCGUCACCAAAAUUGGUGGAGCCAUCUGAGGCAGUCAACGCAAAUAACGAUAUCAUGAUGAUGGAUGUUCAUGUGGAUGAAACUGGCCCUGUUUCUCAACCAACCCCAGACCUCGUUCCUUCUGCUGAGGAAGAAUCUGUGAGCGAGGGUUUUGUUGAUGAACCACGAUCUGAUUUUAGGGAUACUGUUGCACCAGCUGCUAUAUUCUCCCUUAGCUCUGAGGAAUUCACUUUCUCCAUUGACCUCACUCCUGUAUCAGAAAAGCUGCUCGGCGAAUUGCCAAUUUAUGCACCUAUUGGCAUGUUGGCAGAUACUCAAAUGCCCGACUUCAGAUUCGAGCCUGAUACAGAUUGGAAAACAGAAGUUCUACCGGUUUCAAAGUUCUCGACAGGUCGAAUUAGCUUUCGGGAUGUCGAGCCAGCAAGGAAAAAGACAAGAUACGACUACACCCUUGAAGAUGAUCGUGUGGAGACUCCUACUGUCGACAUCACUCCCGAGCAAACUGACGUUGCUCUUUUCCGCCCGGAGAAUAAGCAUAUUCGGGACCGCAUUCACCCUGGCCAUUCUUUCCGACCUCCUACUGAGUAUCCGAUGCCAUCUGUUGGGUUCUUUGAGUCGAGACAAUCUUCGCAAUGGACACUCAAUGAAGACGACGAACUUCGCCGUCUUGUUAAAGACUAUUCCUACAAUUGGUCUUUAAUAGCUAGUUGUUUAUCAUCUCCAUCUCUGUUUUCUUCCGGUGCUGAGCGUAGGACACCAUGGGAAUGUUUCGAACGAUGGGUUGGUCUUGAAGGUCUGCCUGCUGAUAUGUCUAAAACGCAAUACUUCCGAGCAUAUCACCAACGUUUGGAGGCUGCUCAACGUACGAUCAUCGCACAACAACAAGCUGCUCAACAGCAGCAACAGCAGCAAGCGCAACAACAGGCACAGCAAGGCAUUCCCGCUCCAGCCCAAGCUUUGGUUCGUCGAAGAACAACCCAGCCUGUACGCGUCGACCGCCGCCGAGCUUCCCGCCAUCUUGCCCUUCUGGAUGCUAUGCGAAAGCUAGCUAAAAAGCGAGAGACGAUGCUUCAGAAGCAACAACAAGCGACUCACCUCGCCUCUUUGCGAAAAGUGAACGAGGCAAAUCAACCGAAACCUCCCAUCACUAACCCAGCCGAUUUCAGCAAAUUGAAGUAUGAACGCGAACAGAAGCUCCAGGAGAGGCAGGAACAAUACCGUCAACAGAUGAUUGCACAACAGAGGGCUAAUCUGGCCGCGCAACGUGCUGGACAACUUCCAAAUCAACAAGCAGCGGCAGUGAACGGUGUUGCUCGAACACCAAAUGGCGUGCAACCUGCUGGCGCUCAACCGAUACCCGGAGCUGCGCAGAAUGGUGUGGUCAACGGUAUUCCGCCAAAUGCAAACAUGAACCACGGCAAUGUCAUGCCCAUGCAAGGUUUGCCGAACGGAAGACCGAUGAGUAGCCCCAUGCCACCGAAUGCAAUUGGCGUAAAGAUGGUUCCACAGCAAAGCAUACCCCAGCAAAUGGCAGCGCGGCCGGGAAUCCCCAUUCAAAAUUCGCCCGACAACGCAAGAGUUAUUCGCGAGGCCAGCCGGCUUCAAGAACAGCAGCGUCUUUUGCAGUCUAGGCAGCAACAGGGUCAGCAAAUGCCACAGGCUGGUCAGCAACAAUUCCAGAGUCCACAACAGUUUGCUCAACAAGGGGCUCACUCGCCAAACAUCAAUGUCCAAGGCAUGAAUGGUAACCCUAAUAAUGCAGCCAUGCUCGCGGCUAUGCAAGCUGCUGGUGGGAUGGGUAGUCCUUCACCGUACAAUAAUGCGCAAGGCGUGCCAACUGCAUCACCGCGGAUGGGCCAACCAAAUCACCUGUCGAGUGGUGUUGUUCCUACAAUUACAAAUAUUCAAAACCAAAUACAGAGGACUCACCCCAACUUUUCUCCUGAACAGGUUGCGAAACUUGCAACAGAACGACUUCAUGUGUACCAACAACAACAGCAGCGCAUGACGCAAGCUGCCAUGAAUGCUGCCGUUGGGAAUGUGGGCGCUAUUCCAGCCAAUUUCCAAAUGCCACCAGAUCCCAGUUUCCAAGGCUCGCCUCAACCCAAUGGCAAUAUUGCAAUCCAGAACUCUCAAGCACAGUUUUCGCCCAUGAUGAGAGUCGCUCAGCCUACUCAGCAGAACCGGGUACCAGUUGCAAGUUCGCCGUCUAUGAAUGGAAGCGUUCUCCCACAGCAGAGCCGGAGCGCUACCCCACAGACUCAACGCAGUGGAAGCGUUCAAACGGGACCUGUUCCAGGCACAAACCAAAGCCCUCAUCCUCCUGCAGCACAAAUGGCCACCAAUUAA